AUGCACCUCUGUUUAGAAAACCACUCAAAAAACUUAGUUGCACUGUGGCAAGGCAAAUAUAAAGGCUUGGACGAAGGAAGUGAAAGCUACCGUAUUCCGGACAAUGUCUGGGAAAGAAUCGGACUGGAAACUGCUCUAGCUGGCAACACAAUACCUUCGUCUUUUGGAUGUCGUACCCCCAACAUCUGGACAGAAAAGCACCUCUUCACAGCCGAGGAUUGGGCUUUCUGGAUGAUUCACAUAGCACCCUAUCUUCUCAGAAAUCGAUUCAACCGUCCCAAGUAUUACAGGCACUUCAAAAAAUUCAACUCGAUCCUUAAACGUACUGUCCAGUAUUCUUUUACAGAACAAGGUCUAGAUGAGCUUGAACAAGACAUUGUUGAAUAUGUGAAAGAAUACGAAAUUAUUUACUACCAAUUUUCAGCACAGCGGUUACCCACAUGCCCCCUCACUUUGCACGCACUCCUUCACAUCCCAUAUGAUAUUCGAAAUAACGGCCCACCAUGCAACAAUUGGACCUUCAUCAUGGAACGGUGGUGUGGCUCACUCUUACCUGCCAUCAAGUCUCGAAAGGAACCAUUUGCCUGCCUUGCACUGAGACAGUUCCAGGCAGCGCAAUUAUUCGAGGUUAUCAACCGAUAUAACCUAGCUGAAUUGAUGCCAGCAAGACGGGAUAUGAAUGUCCCAUCUCUACAUGAGAAACGAUCGCUAAGCAUUCGAAGACCUCUUUCGGUGGCUCAAUCAAGUCAUGGCUGGGUUUCCUCCCACAAACGAUGCCACGCUGGGGGGAAAGUUCGCAUCGGAAAUGGAGGUGAUCUUAUUCGAGGGGCGGUCGCACAGGAGAAUGGCCAGCGGAGCAUCCGUGAUGCUUCUUUCGUUCAUUAUGAAUUAUUCGCCGAUGCAAAUGCCCACCGGCCUCGGGCCAAGGAGGAUUUUGUUCGUACCGUCUACUAUGGGCGUCUUGAAUAUAUCCUUCACUGCACCAUCCCACCGAACCCCAUAUCCAACAAUUCUGAACCCGAAACCAUCCUUUUCGCUGUCAUAACUACUUGUGAUACACAGGGACGCGAUGCCACGCUAGAGCUGACAUAUUUCAAGACUGUGACAUCAUACAUUGAAAUCGUGGACUUAGCCUCCAUCUGUGCAGUGGUUGGCCGCAUCCGGGUUGGUACGACAGAACCUCAAUGGGCAAUAGUUGACCGGAGCGGUUCCUGGGCUCGCACCGUCUUUACAGAUGACUCACUAGCCACAAACAUGUCCCAGCAAGGCGAACUCUAG